AUGGACUACUCAGACAGGGUCAAUUCGAAAAAAGGGGCCGGUGCCCUUGCUGAUAAACACGAAAGCAAUGUGCACACUAAACGGCGCAUCAAGGAGCUUCUCACCACACAAGUCCUUGAUUUGGACCGAGACCCCUAUGUUUUCCGGAACCAUUUGGGUGUUCUUGAAUGUCGGCUCUGCCUCACUACUCACACCAACGAAGCAUCAUACAUCUCGCAUCUUGGCGGGAAAAAGCACGGGCUUAACUUGGAGAGACGGCGGAUCUUGGAUGAGAAAUACAACAAGGCGCCUGGGCAAAACACGGGCGUGUCGAUGACUAAUGUAGAGAAACGGCACUGGAAACCAAUCGGGCGGCCCAGCGUCAAAGUCACGAAAAUCAGGCUACCUAAGCUGCUCCGGAUGGGUAUGCUCGUGCAGGCGCAGUUUCCACAGAUCUCCGUGAAAGAACCGUUCUUCCGCUUCAUGUCUUACUUCGAAAUGUCGCAGAAAAACCAAGGCGCCAGCAAGGACUUUCUCUCAAAGGAAAAGACGGAUUACGAAGAGGACGAGGACGUGGAUCCCAGCAAGUGGCAGUACUUGGUCCUUUCUGCAGAGCCCUAUGAGAAUGUAGCCAUAUCUUUCCCCGGGGCAAAACAGGUCGACACUCCGCCUGGCGAUGAAAUGUCGCAGAACUACUGGUGGCACUGGGACCCCGACUCAAGGGAGUUUUUUCUUCAGGUCUUGUUUAAGGACGAGAAGUUGGAUUCGAGAUAG